CAACUCAAUGCAGAUAAAGGUGAAACUGAUUGACUACAUCCACCGACAGCGGCAGUGCAAGCUGAGUGUGCCCCUGAAUGACAGGACAGCAGAGCUCAACAGCUACCCGAGAUUCAAUGACUGGUUAGACAUUGUCAAUGUGAGGAAAGAAGUUGUACAGAGAAUACCAGAGGAGCUAACCUUAGAUGCCUUACUUGAAAUGAAUGAAUCAAAGGUGAAAGAAACAAUGAAGAGAUGUGGCGCCAGAGAUGAGGAGUGCUCCAGACUCAAUGGGGCACUGAGCUGUUUAAGGAAGGUGACUGGAUCAGGUGGGGAGUUAAAAGAUGAUGUGCUGAUGAAUCUUUCUGAAGCACGCCGAGAGAACAGCUCUACCAACACAACUGAGUGCCCUUGCUCCUCUGCGCCCACGUGGACUCACAGUGCAAUGAACCUUCCCAAGGGCAACGGCCCGCAGGCACGAUCGGUGUCGGUAUCUACAAUCUCAUCUUCAGAUUCUCUUGCCUCGAGUCACGGACCUUCUAUCUAUGCAGAUAACCUCCUGGACCCUUUUGCCUUCCCUGCACACGGUGGAAAGUUAACACCAAGGACUCCUCAUAGCAUCACCAUCACUCCCCCAACCACUCCUCAAGCCAAGAGACGGCACAAGUUGAAGCCACCACGGACUCCUCCUCCUCCUUGCCGGAAAGUUUUUCAGCUGCUACCUAAUUUUCCAACCCUCACAAGGAGCAAGUCCCAUGAAUCACAGCUGGGAAACAGGAUAGAUGAUGUUCCUCCAAUCAAGUUCGAACUCUCCCAAGGAUCCCCUCAAAUGGUACGAAGAGACUUUGGCUUAGCUGUAACACACAGGUUCUCUACAAAGUCUUGGUUAUCUCAGAUUUGCCAAGUUUGCCAGAAAAGCAUGAUGUUUGGGGUGAAGUGUAAGUACUGCAGAUUGAAAUGUCACAACAAGUGUACUAAAGAGGCACCUGCUUGUAGAAUAUCAUUCUUUCCCAUUACCAAAAUAAGGAGAACAGAGUCUGUCCCUUCUGAUAUCAACAAUCCAGUAGACAGACCAACAGAACCACAGUUUGGAACUCUUCCCAAAGCAGUCACUAAAAAGGAGCACCCACCAGCAAUAAAUCAUCUGGAUUCCAGCAGUAAUCCCUCUUCUACAACCUCUUCCACGCCAUCUUCUCCAGCACCUUUCCAGUCUUCCAACCCUCCCAGUGCAACACCUCCCCCAAACUUAUCUCCUAUGGGCCAGAGAGAUGGACGAUUUAACUUCCCAGCUGCCUACUAUAUUCAGCAUAGACAACAGUUUAUCUUCCCAGAAAUUCCCAGUCCUGCACAAAUAGCACAGCCUCCAGAAACCACUGCAGACACAAAUGCUAAAGAACCACCAGAUAUGGAGGGAGUUAAACAUGAAGCAGAGGUGGAAGAACCUGAGAGUAAUAAAUCAGAACCUGAGGAUGAUGAGGACGAAGUGGAAGAUUUGCCAAACAGAAGGCCGCACUUGCAAGGGAUGAUUUAUCGCAAACCCAGCCAGACCAGCGUCUACCUGCAGGAAUGGGACAUUCCCUUUGAGCAGAUCGAACUGGGGGAUCCCAUUGGCCAAGGACGAUGGGGAAAGGUUCACAAGGGAAAAUGGCAUGGGGAAGUGGCCAUCAGGCUGCUGGAGAUAGAUGGGAACAAUCAGGAUCAUCUCAAGCUCUUUAAAAAGGAGGUGAUGAAUUACAGACAGACCCGGCAUGAGAACGUGGUGCUUUUCAUGGGAGCGUGCAUGAACCCUCCUCACUUAGCAAUCAUUACCAGCUUCUGCAAAGGAAGGACACUUUAUUCGUUUGUAAGGGACCCCAAGAUAUCCCUGGAUAUUAACAAAACCAGGCAGAUAGCACAGGAGAUCAUUAAGGGUAUGGGCUACCUUCACGCAAAGGGGAUUGUACACAAGGAUCUGAAAUCCAAGAAUGUUUUUUAUGACAAUGGGAAAGUAGUGAUCACUGACUUUGGACUAUUUGGAAUUUCGGGUGUGGUUCAGGAAGGAAGGAGAGAGAAUGAAUUGAAGCUGCCUCAUGACUGGUUAUGCUACCUGGCCCCUGAAAUUGUUCGUGAGAUGGCCCCUGGGAAAGAUGAAGACAAGCUGCCUUUCUCCAAAGCUGCAGAUAUCUAUGCCUUUGGGACUGUGUGGUAUGAGCUCCAAGCAAGAGAAUGGCCCUUCAAGAACCAGCCUGCUGAGGCACUCAUCUGGCAGAUUGGAAGUGGUGAAGGAGUGAAACAGAUCCUUGCAACUAUUAGUUUGGGGAAAGAAAUCAAUGAAAUUCUCUCAGCAUGCUGGUCAUUUGAUCUCAGUGAGAGACCUAGCUUCACUGUCCUCAUGGAUAUGCUUGAAAAACUGCCAAAACUGAAUCGUCGGCUCUCACACCCAGGGCACUUCUGGAAGUCUGCUGAGUUGUAACUACUGGUGCAAUAAUGGGUUCCACCUUGCAUGCUUCCCUGUGUUGUAUCCUAACCAGCAACUUGGACAAUCACCUUCCAUUCAAAAAAAUGAAAACAAACCACGAAAUUAACCCACGGACAUAAUCAGCAUUUUAUCCGAAUUCUCCUUUUUCUGCCUUUUUCUGCUUGGCGUGGGCUGUUGGCUUGAAUAACAACUCCUGCCUGCAAGAAGUUACUGUCUAACAACGCAGCACCUUUCACUUCUGAGUCAUGGCAGCAGACUGCACCUCCUCCCGGCAGGCAGCUGGUGCUCUGCCCUGACUGGCUGUGGGCAGCAACAGGCUGGGGUUUGGCUGACACUGGCAUUUGUGGCCUGCAAGCCUCAGGAGGCAGACAGGGGAAGUUUCCUAGCUGCUGUCUGAGGUGGUGGCUGUCAUCCUUACUGCUGGGCUAUGGCUUUUGACUCAAGAUAACAGGUCCAUUUUCCACAGGCACAGCCAACAACUGAAUACUUCACUUGCAUUGCAAACAACGCGACUUAAAGGCCAGAGUGGGUUGGUUCUGCUGUAGAGCCGGAUCCAGCCCUGCACUGAGCCAAGGGUCAGCUCUGUCAGGGUGAACACAGCAGGUGCAGUUUCUGCUCUGAAAGGAGGACAGUCCUCACUGUGCUCAGGGCAGAUUGCAGUCCCUCAGUCCCUGCGAAUGCACCACCACCAGCUGCAUCCAAAACUGGAUCAGCAACAGCACUGUGCAGAAGAGGAGGAAAGUAGGGAAGCCCUUCAGUUCCUCAUUCUCCUUCCCUUGCAAAUCCAGUGUUUUGAGUUCCGUGAUUUGCUUUUGUUUACAUCUCUGGUUCAACAAAAUGCCUGACUUUGCAGUAGGAACUUUGCAGAACUGUAGGCAGCACUGCAAACGUGUGCCUUUUUGUAAAAGGUCUUUUUUCAUCCCUUUUUUGAAAAAAAUUUGUUUCACUGGGGAGAGGACAGGGAUAGAGGUGGAUAUGCAGCAGGAACCAGGGAGGUUUUUACUGUGUUCAGUGAGGACAAAUACACCUACAUGUCAUUCUCUCAAAAUCAGAUGCCUGCACACUGCACUGGAAAGGCUCUGCUGGAAGCCCUCAUGCUCCCUGCCCUGCUGCCACCUCACGCGUACGUGGAGGAAGGCAUUUUGAAGUGAAAACAGUUCUAGCUCUGCUAACAGAUUAAGGGUGAAAGAAAAGAUAUCUUUAUUCAUUUGCUCUAGAAUAUAAAGAGGAGCAGAUGUGUUUUUUGAAGCAAUUGAUGUACCUUGUCAGAAUGCCCCUUCCCCUUAAAUAAGUAAUUAUUUUCUCCAUUUCUAUUUCAGGGAAACCAAAUGUAUGUCAGUCUUCUUCCCACCUUAGGUUAGGUACUUAUAAAAGCCUCCUGUUUUGCCAAUUUGAGCCAGAUGCUUUCGCUAAUGAGGUUUGCAUAAAUAAAUUCAAAUGUUUGCUGCUUAAUUUUUAAACACUGCUGGGUGAUCUCACACUGCAUGAGAGCAGAACCCAACCCGUUUUCUUUUAUAUGACUGUAGCUGUGUAGGGGAGGAAAAAAACAACAAAAAACAACAAUAAAUAAUUCUUUUCCUCUCCCUUCUCCUUUCCUUCCCCACUCUUUUCAGCAUUAACAGUAGCAAAGUUGUCCUGCGUUUCGAGAGAUUUGGCUUGGGAAUCCUGGAACCAAGUAAUCAAAAGAUAUAGCAUGGUGUGUGGUUGUCUUGUGAUAAUGUCUACCUGCUUACACACAAAGAAAUCUUCACUGAAUCUUCCAAGCUAUGAAACUGGUGCAGCCACAGCUGAAAGCCACACGACCAUCAAUUAACAGUCCUUUGUUGUUGGCAAAGUGUGAAUUCUGCCUGAGCACCAGCAGUUAUUUAAAGAAUGUUUACAUGAUACUUUUGCGUGAACUAUAUUUUUUUAAACAGAAUAAACAGUGAAUCAAUUUAACUACAACCAUUCCACUAGCACAAAGAGAAACCAACCUUUUUCUAGUUCCUUUUUGCAUCUGUGGUAUAACUAGGAAUGAUCUUCUGCCUUCAGUGCAUUUUUCCCUAAGACAAGUGGAACCGCUUUGUUUCAGAAUGGUUAUGUAUCUCAUAGAAGGAGAUGGGAGUUUUAAAUUGUUUUUCUCUCGUUAAGGUCAAAUUUAUCUAUUGCAUUGUGAUUUAUCCAAACUGAUAAUUCAGUUUGUGAUCACUCUGGUUUGUUUCUGCAGGGUUGGUCCAAGCUCUGGGUUAUCUUGAAUUAAGUUAAAGCAGUAAAAAUCUGCUUCUUGCAGGAGAGUUUGCUGUCAAACAUACUGUUAUCUCAUUUGAAACACAGAACUGAGCACUUCAACACAGAACUCACAAGAAAAGCUGAAUUGCCAUGCCACAGAACGUCGGGUUGGUUGAGGUGGCAGUGGACCUCUGGGUCCAUCCACUUUCAGCCCUGCUCAGGCACCACCCCAGCGGGCUGCCCCUGGAGGCGAGCUCCUGGGCACCACGCUGCUCCUGGGAAGCUUCAGGCACAACCCGUUUGGUCCCCCGAACCAGCAGCACUGCCAGACCUCACCCCUUGCUGCCCUGAUGGCAAUCUCCUUUGUAGAAGAACAUAUUUUACUAGAUAGAGCUCCAGGGAGGGAAGAAAAUCAAGGGAAAAAGCCAUCCCUAAACAAUGUGUAACAUACUGUUCUGAUACACAGAGCUUGUUAAGAGACUCAAAGUCAUUUCUCUCCCCUGAGCGCACACACGCUCCUCUGGACAGUCAGAUAAGUCUGCAAGAAUUUCAGAAAUUUAGGACUAAGCAGUUCUGAGGAAAACUAAGAACAACAAAACCCUUGCAGCUGGGAAAGUUACAUUUUGUUCCAGAGAACCUGAGUCAAUCCAACAGCUUAGACCUGUUUCAAAGGUUAAGUUUAAGACCAAGAAAAAACCCAGCCCCCAAAAAUCAAAAGAAAUCCAGACGCUACAAUGUGUAAUACAGACUGAUAAAGGACACAGCUGAUUGCUGCGUUUAAGGUAACAGAUGCAUUAUCUCACUUGCAAAUGAAUUGCAGGCUGCAUUAAAUGUUCCAUCACACCUCCCAUUCUUAUUCCUCUGCCUUCACCCAUCAGCCAGGGCAGCAGGACAACUCGAACUAUGCAGUGGACAUUAAAGAGCCCUUCUGUCCUUACACUGCUUCAUUUUUAAGGUAGUUCAUUAGGACUCCCGGAAAGUCACCAAAUUCCAUUUCUCCAGUCACACUAGUACAUUACAUGCCUCUUUUCUAUCUCUUGCCACAUUACAAGGCUUUAUAAUGUAGAUCACAGAGGGAAGAGCUGUGAAGUCCUCCACAAGGCGCAUGAAGUGACAGGCACUCAGUUUGGUUACAGGCAGCUGACUUGGAGAAAAUCAAGUGGAGGGAAAAAAAAAAAGUUCUUUUGAGCAGAGGGCUUCACUCCUGCUACUCCUUCACUGUGCUAUGGUGAUUUUAAAUGUGCCUCAAAUAUAAAACAAAAUUGGUUUGGUGGUAGCCAAGCAUGGAGACAUGGUUCUUUUGACCUCCCUCUUACCACCUCAGAAAAGCAAACAGGCCCCUCAGCACACGCUGCCCUUUUAGCCACCACCUGCUUUCUCUUCAAGCCUUGCUACUGUUCGCUCUCUCACAAUAACAUUGUCACAGGUUUAAACAGAGGUUGUUUUCCAACAAGUACCACUUCAGUACUGACAAUGUAGCACAAAGCCAGGAGAAAUGUGCUUCAUAGCAACGUUAAGGUUAUGAACCCACGAGCAGCAGUAUACCUUGCCUUAGGGAGAGCAGAAGCUGCUGCUGGAUGCACACAUUGCUUCACAGCCAUCGGGUCUGAGCAGCCCCUCUGCUAAACCACAGCAUGCUCUGCUAUUCCUGUCUCACUUGGGAAACCCAGAGCUUUCAGAGUGGGAAAGAGUGAUUGCUCACCUGGCUGUCAGCAGGAAUGCUGCUGUGGCAACAUGCAAGAACAAUGCUGAGAAAGCACGGCCUUCUCAGUCUUUUCCUACAGAUGGCUGGUUGGACACACAGACUAUCCAGCUUACAACAAAAUAAAAUUAAAAACCAAAAAAUGUUAUUCUCCCUGUGUGACUGCCCUCAUGUGACAUUCAAACCCUGGCUGUUUCCAGGCAGAAUGCUGUGCUGGCCCUGCUUGCCAGCAAGGCAGCUUCACCUGUGUCAGCAGGGCUGCCUGUCCCUCUGUGCUGCACUUUGCAGUGUGCUGAAAGCAGAUGGGGCUGACCCCUGAGCACUGCAGGAGGGGUUUCAAAACUUGCCUUUAAAUCAUGAAGUUUGAGGUUCAGUCUCAGUCUUCCUUGGUUUUGUGUUUAACUCCCAUAAAUGGCUCUUAAAAGCAAAACCCAGCGUACCAGAGAGCAGGGCCACUUACUGUCUGGGUAAUGUGUUGCAGUCAGCUGUGUGAGGCACAUGGAAGUCACACAGAACCUGUGCAGCUGUACAGCUGUGAAUGAAGUCAGGCUCUUCCAUCUCUCUGUCACAGCUGAGCAGCAGGCAUUGGCUCACACUGCUUUAUGGCCAUGUGUCUCCUCGUGUGCUGGUGUGAGGCACAGUAAGCCUGUCCUGUUGUAGAGGUGUAAAUGUGAAGCUGGCUGUACAAUGCUGCUACAAUAGCCACACGUCAAUAGUGAAUGUAAAUGGAGUCUGUAAUAUGGUGAAAAUUGACAUGUUUUUCUUUUCAAAUGUGUUGUAAACUUUGUACAGUAAAAUUUUUUUAAAAUAUUUUCUAUCAGAGUGUCUUCCAGAAUUGCUAUUAAAUUAAAAAUUGUUAGUAUUAACAACUGUUGUUGUAUUAGUUUAUGCAACCAGCAAGGAAAAAACAAGUGCACAUUAUGCUAAUAAAAUCCUGGAUACAUAGGAAUCUUUUCAGCAAAUAAAUCUUUGCUCUGAAUAAAGCAAGUGUUACAGAA